AUGGUACUUCUGGCAAACUGUUUCUCAGGGAAGGGACCUGUGAGAGCGGCUAUCCCAACCCGUGCUGGCGACCUGCGAGAGCACCUCAAUCGGCAAAACUCUCGUGCUCAAAGCGAGCAAGUGCGAGUGGAAAACCCUCCUGCUAAUGGGGUCCAAGUUGGGGAGGCACCUUCGCCUCCUCCACCAAUCGCACUUGAUCAACCCAAGCAGUUGGGGAUUCUAGGAGCGCUCACUCGAUUGGCGAACCAGGAUGUGCCAGGUGAUGAAAAUCCGAAGGAGGUCACUCCUAAUGAGCCUAGAAAUAGGCGGGAACGACGGUAUGAUGAGGUUCAAAGGCAAAUUGAGGAACACUCAAUUCACGAGAGCAGCGGGGAAUCACCUGUUGGUCGGGGUCGAAGGCCGGAGAACAUUGUCGCGUUAGCUCGGCAGGUUCGAGAUUUACAAAACCAGGUGAAUGGAAAUCAUGGUGACGCUCAGUCUUUCCUACGGGCGUGUCCAUUCUCUCGAGAUAUCAUGGCUUUCCAAACCCCAACAAAGUUUAAAUUACCUAAGAAUUUGACGUACGAUGGAACCGGGGAUCCUCGGGAGCAUCUGCUUAGCUUCCAAGCUCGGAUGCAGAUUCACGAAGCUGAAGAUCCGUUGAUGUGCAAAGCCUUCCUAACGACUUUAACUGGUUCAGCGCAAAGGUGGUGUAUGAGGUUGCCUGAGCAUUCUGUGAGCUAUUUCACGCAAUUGGCCGAGCUCUUCUUGACCAAUUAUGCCGCCUAUUUGCGUCCGAAGAAGAAUUUCAUGUACCUGUCCGGGGUUAAGCAGGACCCUAAUGAAUCACUUAGGUCAUUCCUGGUGAGGUGGCAGAAAGAGGUUCAUACAGUGGACGAUCUAGAUAACAAGACGAUGUUAAUCUUGUUCAUGCAGAAUUUGAGGUUCGAGAAGCUGUAUACCAACCUCCAUACUGAGUGGUCGAGCUCGUAUGCUCAAGCCAUCCAAAGAACCAAUCGGCAUGCUGAUGCCGAGGAUGCGAUUAGGCAGAAAAGGAUUCAGGAGGGAGGGUUGUCCAGACCCAAGAAGCCUCGUCUAGAGGAAACACGAGCUGAAAGAUUUGAUAAGAGUCGGUUAGGCCGUCAGGAAACUAGUUGGAACCCUGAAAGAUCGGGUGUCCUACUAUUUCGCCAACAGUCGGUCGCGGUCCAGGAGCGCGGAAAUCCAAGCCAAUUUGGGGAGGGUAAUCGUGAUAAGGGAAAACAGUCUACUAAAGGGAAUGAGGAAGCAAACUGGAAGGGGAAGAACAUCAUCAACAUGAUCAUACGGGGUCCCGAGGGAGGCGACUCGGCUGGAUCAAGGAAGGCUUGGGCUCGACAGUUGUACAUCGGAGCUAUUUAUGGAAGAGAAGCCAAUGUGAAGAAGGAAUGCCGAGAGCCAAUCACCUUCACAGAUGACAACUUGCCCUUAGGAGCAGGACCUCAUCGGGACGCCUUAGUCAUAGCUAUAGACAUAGUCGGUACCGUUGUGAGACGAGUAUUGGAAGACACGGGUAGCAGCGUUAAUGUCCUCUAUUUAGACACUUUCAAGAAGUUGAGGUUGGACCGAGACAUUCUCAAGCUACUGGUCGAGUUAGGUACCUACCCUAACGUUACAACCGUGGAGAUGGAGUUUGUGGUUGUUCAACUGGAGUGUUCUUAUAACGCCAUCAUUGAAGGCUGGGUUGGAAGAUUUGGGAGCUUUGAUAUCUCUGAAGCAUUUAUGCAUGAAAUUUCGGACCCCUACGGGGCUGGAGUGGUACAGAGCGAUCAGAGGAUAGCUCGUGGCUGUUACUUGCAAUCUUGCUGCAAGAUGGGGAGGUCGGACCUACGGAUCCAUACCAUCACCAAAAUAGAGGACAUGAGGGAACACACUUUGGAACGACCCGAGCCGGCAGUAGAGUUAGAAGAGGUAGAGAUUGAUCCAAUCCACCCUGAAAGACGGGCCAGGAUCAGAAAGGACCUUCCCAAUGCGGUCAAAAGGUCAGUCGUGCAAGUAUUGAGGAAGUACAAGAAAAUCUUCACGUGGGGAUCGAAUGAUAUGUCGGGGGUAGACCGAUCUAUAUUCACUCACCGAUUGGUGAUAGACCCGGCCUACCGACCUGUAGUUCGGAAUACUUAA